GACAAUUUAUUUCAAAGUCAACCAUUAAUCGUAACAAUUAAAGUUGAUCAACUUGAGGCUCUUUUUUGCCUUCCAUAGACAAAAAUUAUAUAAUUCAAUUGGUUUAAUAAUCAAAUUAACAGUUAAUCAAAAAUGAAUAAUUUAAUCAAAAUUUUCAUCUACGUUCAAAUUGUAUCAAUGUUAACAAUUAAUUAUUCAAAUGGAGCUGCAGUAACUCAGUAUAUGGUUUAUCCAAGUGGAGGAUCAGUUUGUUUAUCUAAUCAAUUUCAUUGUUUUAAUGGUCAUUGUAUUGAUAAGAGUUUACUUUGUAAUUAUAUACCUGAUUGUCCAUUUGGUGAUGAUGAACAAUCAUGUCCAUCUAGAGCUCUAUUGGCACCGACAAUUAAGAAAACUGAUCCAUCUUCAUCAGUUAAUUGUGCACCAGCUCAGUUUUAUCAAUGUCAAGAAAGUAACGAAUGUAUCCCUUGGUCACAAAUUUGCGAUGGUAAAAUUCAAUGUCUUCGGGCCGAUGAUGAGAGUUACGAUCAAUGUAAAUCAGUCCCUGGGUUUAAGCCACCAAAAAAUCACCAGAAAACGCAACAAGUACCAUCGAGACCUCAGCGUCAAUCACAACCACAACCACAACCAAAACCCCAACAAUCCCACCAACAACCCCAACCUAAGUCACAACCACAACCACAACAACAACAGCAACCGCAACAACAUCCCAAACAACCCCAACCCCAACCUGAAUCACAACCACAACCACGGCACCAACAACAACAGUCACAACAAUCCCAUCAACAACCACAACAGCCCCAACAGCCUAAACAACCCCAACAACCUCAACCACCCGAACCUGAACAAGUAGAAAAAGUUUCGAGUUCAAAACGGACAACAAACAGUUUCUCAUAUGGUCAAUGGGUCAGUCCAAGCCCACCGACUUACGUAUCAACCUCAACAACAAAACCUUCUUGGUCAUCUUAUGCCUCCUCGACUGUCGAUUAUUCAAAUCAUGAUUCUAACUAUGGCUCUAAUUAUGGUUCUAAUUACGGCAACAGUAACUAUACGAACGGCAAUGGUACACAAGAAGAAUCGAAAUCAACUUCAGUUAAAACAACGAAAGCAGUUCAAAGUGGAGAUCAGUCUCAAAACAAUUUCUACCAAGAUCAAGAUGAACCUGGUUUUGUUUUCGUUAAUUUCGGUCCAAUAAUCAGUGGUGAUAAAAAUGUCAAUGGAAAUGGUAACGAUAUUGGAAAUGGAAACGGAAAUGGUAAUGAAAACGGCAACGGCAACGGCAAUGGAAAUGGAAACGAUAACAAUAACAAUAAGGAUCCAAUUAGUGAUAAAUAUUAUAGAAAUGAUUACAAUGCUGGAAGAUCAUAUUAAUUGUGACAAUUAAAACAUAAUCACAUUCAAAGGAAACUAAUUGAAUUGAUUUCCUUCAAACAGAACAAAAUUCAAGCACAAUAAUAUAAUAUAUUUUCUGUACGAUUGUCAACUUUACUGAUAACAAUUAAAUCUUGAGCAAUUAA